UGCGUUACAGCGUAUACUGAUGGAGAGCAGGCGAGGCUUUCAGUUGUAGGAUGGAUCCAGACAGUGGGAUAGAAACACAAAAAGCUGUCAGUUUGCAAUGGAAAAGCUACAAACUCGUCCAGGACCCAGCCAUCAGGAGAGUUACGCAGAAGAUUUACAGAUAUGAUGGAGUGCAUUUCAGUGUGCCAGACUCUGGAUUUCCUCCUGUGGGAGAUCUCCGAGAUCCCAGACCCCGAAGACUAUGGUCCAGGUAUAGUGACCUGUCUCUACCAGUGCCAAAAUUUAAGCUUGAUGAAUUCUAUGUGGGUCCCAUACCCCUCAAAGAGGUAACCUUUGCUAGACUCAAUGACAACAUCAAGGAGCCCUUCUUGGCAGAAAUGUGUGCCAAGUUUGGAGAGGUGGAGGAAAUGGAAAUCCUGUUUCAUCCCAAAACCAGAAAGCACUUGGGUCUGGCCAGGGUGUUAUUCACCAGCACCAGAGGAGCAAAGGACACAGUCAAGCACCUGCACAAUACCUCUGUCAUGGGUAACAUAAUUCACGCUCAGCUGGAUAUAAAAGGUCAACAAAGGCAGAAGUAUUAUGACCUGAUAGUGAAUGGGUCCUACACUCCUCAGACUGUGCCUCUGGGAGGAAAGGCUUUGGCAGACCGGGUUCAGUCUCAGACUCCAACACAGCCUCAGCCUGACACGCAGUCGGAGAUCAGGCGGAGACUUUCCAGUGAGCUUGCAGUUUUAGCAGCAGGGGUACAGGCUCUUACAUCGGGAAGUGUCACACCAUGUUCUGUCGACACCAGCUUCAGUGAUCAGCGUAUAGACACUCCCCCCUCCUCCAAAGCUGGCCCCUUCACCCCAACCUCCUCUGCUUCGUCUCAAGGUGGAGGAACACCUUACAGCUCCAGAUCUGGGACUCCUUUCUCACAAGACUCAGGAUACACCAGCAACAGGCAUACUGGCUUCAACACAAGCUCUUUGGACAGUGGCUAUCCUCCCCAAGACAUGUUGCCGUCUUCCUCUUCAUCUUCUGCAGUCUCAUCCUCUGUUGGAGGAUACAAAGUAUCUCGUUACCCUGAUGAACAGGACCCUUCAGUGUACCAUCGAUGCCGCCCGGGAUACCCCCCGUCAUACCGUCUCAAUGAGCCACCUUGUUAUCCCCCUUACCCUAAUCUUGGAGGACCUGGGCCACAUAUAGCACAUCACUCUGCAAUGCCUCCCCCACCUAUUUCCAACCAGUUUGAUCAUCCUUUAAUGUCAGACAGGGAAAGAGACCGUGAAAGAGACUCAGGGGGCAGGUAUGGGCCUGGGGGGAUUGGUUCUAGAAGGUCAUCUUUCCAUCACCAGCAGGACACAAACUCUUCUUCAAAGUACCAUUCUCAUCACUCCCACCACCAUUCAGAGCGCAGGGAAGACAGGAGUUACCGGCGAGACAGCCUGGGCUCCCGGUCAAGUGACCACAGUCACCAGAGGCACAGGAACCACCACCAUUCUCACAAUCACCACGGCAGCAGCAGUCGCAGAAAAAGCAGCCACGACCGAGACAGAGAACGGGACAGAGACAGUGAUUACUCCAAUAGUUCUGACCCCAGAUACAAUUCGAACUCUUAUCGGUCAUCCUCUAACAGCAUGUCUCCUCCCUCUGCCUACUCCUCCAAAGAAUCUGCCCCAACCCCUCCUCAGGGAUUGGACAUUUCAACACGGUCGGGGGGCACAAGCCUAGCAGAGAGGGGUUCUCUGCCCUCAGCGGGCUCUGACAAAGACUACCAUGCUGAUCAUCACAGUGCUCUGCCUCCACCUCCCCCUCCACCACCACCACCACUCCCACCAGCUUCCGUUAUUGCAGCAGCUGUAGCUGACACUUUAGGAACACUGGAUUUCAACCAGGACAGUCCCGCCCCCGAGGACCAAUGGACAAAGCCCAAACGCCAUCCCAGCACUCCACCUGCCCCACCCAAAACACCCCCUCCUUCUUCUCCCAUUCACCCUACCAUCACUUCCUCCUCUAACUCUCCUUCGUCAGCCUCCCUUCCUCACCAUCUUUCUUCUUCCUCCAACUCCCCACCGCCCCCUCACAGGGACUCGUCUCCAGAGCCCGAUGCCACAAACGAGAGUUUACCGUUCGUCUACCACAGCAGCAGCCUGGACUCUCGAAUCGAGAUGCUCCUAAAAGAGCAAAAAGCUAAAUUUUCUUUUCUUGCCUCUGACGAGGAAGAUGAGGAAGACAGGAAAGAAGAGAAGCAGAAGGGCAGGGGAGGAGAUGAAGCAGAUCAAAGAGGUGAGCCUGGUGAAAUAAUGGAUGAGCAGGAGCACAUGAGAGAUGAUGGGGAGGAAGACCACAGGAAGAAAGAGGAAAGGGACAGAGAUGACCACAGAAGAAGGAAACGGGGAAAAGGAGGAGAGGGUAGUAAAAGCCCGACUGUACCUACAGCAGCCACACAGCCCCCCUCCACCUUUUCUCCUCUUGUCUUACCUCAAGAAGAACCUCAACCACAGGUCAGCCUUGGUGGGACUGGAACGUCACAACAAGAGUCUUCUCAGACUGGUUCUGUUGAUGCAGAGAGCAGGACAGGAGCGCACACGCCACCCUUUAACGGACAGAGUCAGGCCUCCCCGCAUUCUUCUGGAGAAGACAUGGAGAUCUCAGAGGAGGAGGAGGAGGAGGCGACGGCUAUAACGACAGUGACGACCCAUCAACCAUCAGUCGCCUCAGGAUCCUCACCAUCCUCCUCCCAGGCUGCAUUAACACAGACAGCAGACCCCUCAUCCUCUCCGCCACCCAUUUCAGACUCUUCACAGCACUUUGGCACUUCCAUGCACCCCCAAAUACCCUCCUACCCUCCUCAUUUACCUCCUCCCCCUGGUUACUCCCUUCAGCCCCCACCUCCGCCAGGGAUUCCUCCUCUUUCUCACAUGGAGCUGCACCCCGAGUAUCCUCCUCCGAUGCCCCACCACAUGUAUGAUUACGCCACUUCAGUGGAGCUGAUGAACCAGUACAGCGGUGGAACCCCAAUGUCCUUUCAAAUGCAGACUCACAUGCUAAGUCGCUUACAGCAGAUGCGCAUGUCUUCAUCCAACGGCACCCCAGGUCCAGGUGAGGCUGCAACUGCAGAUUACACGUCCUAUCACCUUCACUCAAUGCCCCCACCUCACCACCCCUACAUGGACCAAGAAGGCAGUGGGGCUAGUGCUCAAUAUGACCAAGACCACAGGUACUUGUCCCCCCAUAUGUCCUAUCCCUACCACGACCCCCACAGUAGUCAAAUACCACACCCUGGCAUUCCUCCUCCCCACCCUGGCUGGCCACCACACGUCUUACCUCCACACUACCAGUCUUACAUGCCCCCGCCUGGUUACGGCACCAUGCUGACGGGGGAUGAAAAUGAGUACAGAGCUCCCGGGGAGCAGAUUCCCAUGUUGGCUGAGAAUCCACACGAGGCGACGGUGCAGCUGGUCCUGGCUGCUCUGAUUGAGGAGAUGAAGAACAUCAUGCAGAGAGACAUGAACCGUAAAAUGGUGGAAAACGUGGCCUUCGCCACUUUUGACGAGUGGUGGGAAAGAAAGGAGACCAAGGCCAAGCCUUUCCAGACAAUGGUAAGAGGAGUGUCUGCUUUACGGGAUGAUGAGAAAAAAGAGGAAAAGGUCAACCGGCCACGGGAACCUCUCAUGUCUCUUGUGGAUUGGGCCAAGAGUGGAGGCGUGGAGGGCUUUUCCCUCCGGGGAGCACUUCGAUUGCCUUCCUUCAAGGUGAAAAGGAAAGAACCUCUGGAGCUUGACCAGGCGGACAUGAAGAGGCCUCGACCGUCAACUCCACCUGAUGAAGACGAUGAAGCUGCAGAUGGGAGGAGACCAGACGUAGACCGGCGUGGAGCUGACAGGGACAACAAGAGGAGGAAGAAGAAACCAAGAACUCGUAAACCUUGGGAGCUCGACAGCGGAGGAGAGGAAACCUCUGAUGGUUCCUCCACUGAAAAGGAGGAUGAGGAAGAAGAGAGCGAGAAGGAGUCUGAUGAUGAAGGCCUCAGUAGUGACAGUGAUGAUGAGAGCCUCUCUUCAUCCUCUGGAGGCUCUUCUUCUUCAGCAUCAUCUUCCUCUUCUGAGGAGGAGGAGGGAGAGCUGCAAGCUGAAAGUGCAGGGUCCGACUCCCUGGAUGAGUCGACCAUGGACAGCAUAACCGAGAAAGAAGAUGACAGGGAAAAUAUUGCAACUGCUGUUUCAAAGGUGGACAUCAGAAAAGGUGUUGCGAAGGACAAGACGGAUCUACCAGCAGCACCAACUAAGCACCUUCCAUCUCCACCGUGCCCGCGCCCUUCAUCCCCUAAUGUUUUUGUGCCACCUCUGAAGAAACGUAGAAAGACCGUCUCGUUUUCCACAGAUGAGAAUGAAGGCAAAACACAAUUGCCAGCUGCUCCACUGUCACCGCCUUCAUUACACGCUGCAGGUGAACCUUACGUCCCCUCCGCCAAGCCUCCGGACUCUGCUGUCAGUGCUGCACCACCCGCCUCGACUCGUCCCAGUCAAGGAAUUCAACUUCUCCCUUUCGCCUCAAAACCAGGCGAAGGCAACGCCCUCAUCGUUCCCCCACCUGGAAGACUUCAAGGUUCCGAGGAUGUUAAAAAGGCAGCUCUUAUUUCCUCCCAGACCACUCCGGUCAAAUCCCCUGGAAAACGGGGAGCAGGCAAAGACUCUCCUAAAUCACCUGUCCCUCCGAUUAGGGUUUGUCGCACUGUGCAGAACUUGCCAUUAGACCAUGCUUCUAUGUGUAGGAUGGCCUUUGAGGAGGUCCCUGCACCACUACCUGUCAACAAACGGUCCAGAGGCAGACCUCGGACUUCGAGCAUUUCUGCCUCUUCGUGUCACUCCCUCAGAGAGGAUGAUGAGGAGGAGAUAAAAAGUGAGCAGAAGCUGAGACUCAGGGAGCAGGUGGGAGCCUCCAGUCUCCUGCAGCUGGCCUCUGCUUCAACAACCGACCUGUCUGUGUUGGCUGACAUCGCCUUAAAAAUGGACCCUGAUGCUGGGGACUCUGAGGAGACCGAGACGUCUGAUGAGGCAGAGGAGCAGAAGAUCGAAGGAGAUCUCUUCUCCCAAGAAGCCCUGGCUUUGCUCAUGAGUCCAGGGGGUGUUAUUGUCCUAUUAGAGCACAACUACUGCAAACCUCCUGUGCUUGUAGCCCCAUCCAGUACCAAAAAGACCUCCAGACAAGAUUCUUCUAUCCUACACUCAACAGACCUCAACUCUAUGUCUGGGGUCCUAGAGGCACCAGAGGAGGUUAUUGGAGAGGCAGUACCGUCCAAAGAGACUGUGGAGUCCUUGUCUUCAGUGGGAGAGUUGUGUGAUUCGGAUGAUCUGAGCCAGGUGGCAGCUGUAGCUCCAUCACCAAAGAAGAAUCACCUCGUUGGGAGAGGUUUCGAACUCGAACAUAAUAAGGGCGAAAAGAGGAAGAGAAAAGACAAAGAGAACCUGGAGCCUCAUUAUACAAAAAAACAAAAGGAACAACCAGGCAAGAAGAAGAGGAAACACAAACCAGAGGAUUCAGACUUGGAAGAGGACGUGGACGUGGAGGAGCUGGAGUCUGGAGAGCUCUCCAGCACGGACACCGAGAACGACGUGGUAGAAGAAGUGAGGAAGAGCGAGCGGCUCUUUCUGCAGGAGGCCGGGGUGACGUCGUCCCAGCGCGGGCUCAAGCCUGUUCCAGCACCUGAACCGCCUCCUGUAAAAUUUGACAACCGCAGUGAGUUUGAGCAGAUGACCAUUCUGUACGACAUCUGGAACGCGGGUCUGGACGGUGAAGAUCUGACGUAUCUGAAGAAGACUUACGAGAAGCUGUUGCAGGACGACCACAGCUCUGACUGGCUCAAUGACACUCACUGGGUCAAUCAUACCGUAACAAAUUUGCCGAACCCUCGUCAUAAAAAGAAGAGUUCGGGUGGGCAGCUUCGAGAGCACGUGACCGGAUGCGCCAGGAGCGAGGGCUACUACGCCAUCAGCCGCAAGGAGAAGGACGUGUACCUGGACCUGGAUCUACCCGAGCAGGUCAUUCGAGAAGCUGAGAAUGUCGACACCUCUGGCGCUAAUCGAGUGCUAUCAGAGAGGCGUUCAGAGCAGCGCCGCCUCCUCACGGUCAUUGGAACCACGGCGGUCUUGGACUCUGACCUACUUAAACUCAAUCAACUGAAGUUCCGAAAGAAGAAGCUCCGGUUUGGACGCAGCAGAAUCCACGAGUGGGGCCUGUUCGCCAUGGAGCCCAUCGCUGCUGAUGAGAUGGUCAUCGAGUACGUUGGUCAGAACAUUAGACAGAUGGUGGCUGACAAUCGAGAGAAGCGGUACGCUCAGCAGGGCAUAGGGAGCAGCUACUUGUUCCGAGUGGACCACGACACGAUAAUAGACGCCACAAAAUGUGGCAACCUCUCCCGCUUCAUCAACCACUGCUGCACUCCGAACUGUUACGCCAAGGUAAUAACCAUAGAGUCCCAGAAGAAGAUUGUGAUCUACUCGAAGCAGCCUAUCGCAGCCAAUGAAGAGAUUACCUACGACUACAAAUUCCCUCUGGAGGAGAACAAGAUCCCCUGCCUGUGUGGAACAGAGAACUGCCGGGGGACACUCAACUAGUGAAAGCACUUCUUUUUCUCACUUGCCAACGUUCAGCCAGAGCCGGAUUCUUGCUGUUUCGGCCUCCUCUGAGUUUAACUCGUAACAAAGCCUCGCCCCAAACCCCCGGUUCCCUCCUGGAUGGCCUCGGUAGUUCUCGCAAAAAAGUAGGAAACAGUGUCGCGCACACACUUGCACUUUUCACGCACACUCUUCAUUGACCGGGCUGUUCUGAACGCCACUGUGUGCUGGGGUUGUGUUUUCUGGUAUGUGAACCUUGGACGGGGUCCCGAACCUCGGACUUUGUGGCAGUAUUGGACUUGAAGAGGUCCCGGGCGAGUUGGCUUCAAAGGCGUUUGUGUUUCCACGCCAACAUGCGUUCGUUCAAGGACGACGACGACACACAGGUCGCAUUCUCUUCAGCCCGUGCGCGGUCGCACCGUGUCGUCCUGCGCCCGCCCGACUCAACGCACAGAAUCAUCAGAGAAAUUCAGGGUUUUUAAAAGCGCUCGUUAAGAGUGUGAUUUUAAGACGGCAAGUUUCUGUCAGGUAGAUUGUUUUGGUUAUGCAAGAUUUCAAAACGUGAAGGUUGUUUUUUUUUUAUUUUAUUUAAUUUAUUUAAUUUCUAUUUGUUAUUAGAAUAAUAUUCUUGCUGUUGAUGUUAGUAAAGUGACCUCAUCAGCUGUACUUUGAGUUGUAGUGUCCCCAUCAUCCUCAGAUUCACCGUCUCCUGUCCAUCAGGAGGACGUUCCUGAUUUGCAACCACCUCAUGUUAGAUACGUGUUAUUUUAGUUGUUAGUUGUUGUUUUUGUUUUAUUUACGUGGAGGUUUAUUCGGUACCUGUUCAACAAAUCAAUCGGCCUGUUCAACUUCUUCGCCCCGCAUCAGGGCUGCGAUGUGCUUGGUUUUAACUCCUUUACUCUCGAACGGACCACUUUCUUUGAAACUGGGGAAACGUGAAUUCAGCAAAGCGCUGGUAAAAGCAGUAUUAGGAAAUUAUUUUCAGCUCUCUGCAGGUUUUAGCUAACUUCAACUUAAUAGCUUCUGUUUGCUGCGUUCACAACGUUUUCUGGCCAUAACCUCCGACUUUGUGUGAUUCACAUGACAAAAACAAAACGUUGACUGCAGUUGUCGUUUAGUAAAAUGUUCUGUGUAGUUACUUUUGCCAUUAUGUCUUUGUGGUGGUGUUUUUUUUAAUGUCGGGAUGUUUUUUUUUUCAAACAUUAUCAACAACAUCCUUCUUCACAAACCUUAUUUUACCGCCAAACUAUUGCAGGUCCCAGUAAACAGCGUGUUCAGAGUUAAAAUAGUUUAUUCUGUGUGCUACAGAUGUUUCUACAAGGCACAUUUGCUUGAUACGGUCAGAUUUCUUCAAAAGUUUAGUUGUAUUUUUUUCUGUCU